AUGGAGUAAAGAGCGAAGCCAUUUGAAAAUAAUAAUGGCACAAACUUUUUUGAAGACUUCAAGGAGCCUAGAUCAAAGAUAGAAAAAUCAAACUGGCAUUUGUCAAAAUUUCUAGAAAUGAUUUAAAAGUAGAGAUCUUAAAAAUAAGAAAGGAUGGCAUUACCUGAUUAACAAGUUAGAAGAGCAACUAUAUUAAAUGAUGUCCAUGAAUUUUCAGUGGGAUCAUUUAAAUAUCAAUAUGAUGAGACUUAGAAAUAGGUAGAGAAAAUAUACAUCCCUAUGUUUCCUUAUCUCUAUGAAAAUGAAGGAUUCUUUCCUAACAAAAUAGAAGACAUAUCUCUUCAGUUUAAAAUACCGGAUAAUCACUAAUAACUAGACAUUGAGGAUAUCACUUAUCAAAACAUCCAAGUAGUGUUUCAUUAGAAGAUUCUUAAUAACUUGCAUAACAAGUAUUAACUAGACAUAAAGAUUGAUAACAUUCAAACAUUUGCAGCUUAAGAAAAAGAUAAUGAGACAGUCUCAAUUUUGAUUGUACUUAAAAAACCUUGUAUAGUAUUUCUCAAAGAUGGCUCUAAAAAGAGUAAUAUGAGAUAAAUAUUCUCUCCAUUUGUAUUCUCAGAUUCUGACAAACAGUUCUUAAACUAUUGGAAUUUAAAGCAAGUAAUUUAUCUUGAAGGGAAAUUCGAUCCAUCAAUGAGUUUAGAUGAACUCUGCAAAAAAUUAUAGAGAUUAGAUCAGAUUCCUAAGCUUGAAUUCACCUAGCUUGAUGGAGUAAAUGUUCUCUAAGAAGAGGCCUUAUUUAAAGAACAUGAAAAACUAUUAGAAACGAAUCAAAUUUUCAAUUAAAAAAUCUCGUAAUUUGUAAUUCCAGCAAGAUUUGCUAUGCUUUCCUUAUUAUCAACUAAAAAAGUUUCUAUCUUUGAUAGAACAAUUAUUAAUUUUAUGGAAUUGAUUUUGAAAAGAACUAUGCUUAAUCAUAAUGUGAGAAUAUUUUAGUAAAGUGCCAAUUAAUUUAAGGGAGAUUAUUUCAUGGAAUAAGGAAAUGAAGAAGUGUUAUAUGAGAUUAGAAGAAUAAUCUACAUUAUAGAUUAAAUGUGCAAUACCUCCUAUGUAAAAGCUUAAAUUCAAAAAUACAAGAAUAAGCCAAAUUAAGGUGGAAAAUAAAAUAUCUUGAGCGCUUUUGAAUAUCUCGAAAAAACUAGCGAAGAUAUCAGAAUAGAAAUACAAGAGGAAAAUCAGGAAGGCAAUGAUUUGAGAUUAAGAAGAGUAUAUCUAACCCCAACUCUUUUACUUUUCUAGCCAAAUGCUAAAGAUCAAACUAAUAGAGUGCUAAGAUAUAACGCAAAGAUCAAAGAUUUCUUUUUUAGGCUUGUUUUGGUCAGUGAUAAUAUGGAAAAGUUUAAAUUUGGAGCAGUAAGAUAGCAAGAACUUUUGGAGAAAAUGAAGGAAGUAAUGAAAUCUAAUCUUUUUGUAGGAGGUGUAAAUGCCAAAGUACUUAACUAUUCAAACUCUCAGCUAAAGAAUCAUUCUGUUUGGAUGGUCUGUGAAUCUAAAUUAGCAGGAAUAGAGAAAAAUUCAAUCAUUCAAAGUAUGGGAUAGUUCAUGAAUAAGGAAGGGUACUUAAAAAUGUUUGCUCGAAUUGGGCAAUGCUUCUCUACUACCAAAUUCGUUUGUAAAUUAAAUAACGAAGAGAACAUUAGAUCCAUUGAGGAUAUAAAGAUAAAAAAGACGGAUGAUAUUUAUGAUAAAGAAGGAAUGUAUACAUUUACAGAUGGGUGUGGAAAUAUUUCCGAAGAACUUUGUGAUGAAAUAGCAUAGAUGUUUUAAUUGGAGAAAUGCUCAGCAUUUUAAGUAAGACUUGGAGGUGUUAAAGGUGUAAUGAUGCGAAAGAUUUAUAAAGAUGAUGAUUAGGAGAGACUUGAGGGUAGAAUAAUUGAAGUAAGAGAUAGUUAGAAAAAAUUUGAAUGCAACAGUUGGGAUCUUGAAGUCAUUAGAUGCUCGACUUUCAGUUAAGGCUAUUUAAAUAGAUAGGUAAUUCUGCUCUUAAGCAGUCUCUAAGUUUCAGAUAAGGUAUUCCUAAAUUUACUUCAAGAGCAAGUCUCUAAACUUGAUGCUAAAUCUAUCAUUAAGGAUCUAGUUACCAGAUCAAGUGUUUUUUUAAGAUCAAGACUUAAUAAGGAUCAUUAAAAAUAAGCUAAAGCUGUUGCUGCAGAUAUUGAAUUAUUCUUUGGUCCAAGCAAAAUAUUUGCUCCUAUAUUUAAAGGUUCUCUCUUAUACAUAGCAAAAUAAAGACAUGAAGCUAUCUAACUAUAACAUGAAGUAAAAUUCACUUAUUUCAGCUUGGAGCAUGAGCCAAUAUUUAUUUCGAUUCUUGAAAACAUGGUCUUAGGGCUUGCUGUAAGUUUAAAGAAAAGAGCUAGAAUUAGAGUUAACAAGUCUUGCGUACUAAUUGGAGUUAUUGAUGAGACUGGAACUUUAAACGAAGGAGAAGUGUUUGUAAAAAUCAAUAAAUCUAGCUUUGAAAUUGAUCAAGCAAAGAAUGUGAUAGAGUAAAGGUUUAUUAAUCAAUAUGAAAAGAAAGGAAUGAAAACAAAUGCCUAGUUCAUGUACAAUCAUGAAGACUUCUAGAUGUCAGGCCCAGUAAUGAUAACUAAAAAUCCUUGCAGUCAUCCAGGGGAUAUCAGGCUAUUAAAUGCUAUAGAUGAAGAUGAUGAGAGAAGUUCCGUCUUUGAAGAUCUAAUAAAUGUUAUUGUUUUUCCAAGUAAAGGUAUCAGACCAGAAUAGCAUAAAAUGUCCGGUGGUGAUUUAGAUGGAGAUGUCUAUAUGUGUAUCUGGGAUGAGACUAUCAUAAAUGAACUGCUGCCAGAAAAUAUUUAACCGCCUGCUGUGUAUAAGAAAUUUGAGGCAGAUGAUAAAAUUAACAAGAAUGAUGACAUUGUAGAAUGCAUGGCUUACUAUUUCUAGAACGAUAAUUUAGGCCACCUCUCUCACUUGCAUUUAGGUCUUUGUGAUUAGAUUGGAAUAAAUGGGCCUUUUACUGAAGAUGCCAAGGAACUUUCUUGGUAUAUUUCAAUAGCAGUAGAUUUUGCAAAGCAUGGAAAAUCAGUAGCUCCUGAAAAGUAUGCAUAUUUAGAAAAAAAGUUGAAGCAGUGGCCAGAUUUUAUGGAUAAAACUGAUAAGGAUAGAAAGAAAGUAGAAUCAAAUCUCAUCCUGGGCUAACUUUAUAGAGCUGUAGAUUGCAAGAAGUACUACAAAAAUCUAAUUAAGUCUGAUCAUGAACUUACUAUACUUCAUUAGUAUAAACUGAGUCCAGCCAUUAUCCCUUUUGAUAAUUUUGAUGACUCUGAUAGUGAUGAUUAUAGCAAAAGAAACUUUUUAAGAUAUAUCUAACAUGCCUAUGAAACUAUAGUUAUGCCUGCUAACAAAAAAUUAAGAGAACUGAUGUCUGAAUAUAACAUAGCUUAGGAGUCUGAACUUUAUUGUACGACUUUAUCAUAUUCACUUAGUGAUGAUAACAUGGAUAAAUUCAUUGGAGAUCCUGGUAAUAAAGAUGAAGAUGCAGUUAAAGCUCUAAAUUAAAAAUUACAGGCUAUGAUCAAACAAUUCAAAUUAAUAUUUCAAAAUGCAGCUUAGUCGUAAAGUAGUUCUUAUUCCGAUUAUGCAAAAGCCGUUUAUUUUUCUGCUUAUUAUAAUUCAAAAAAUCAUAGAAUCGAUCACUAUGUUUACAGUAUCCUUUGGAGUCACUCAACUUCUAGAGAAGUUGCUCUAUAGCAAGACACAUUGAAAAGAUUCUAAGAAUUCUGGAAUGCAAAUAAUGUUCAGUAUCAAUCUCCUGAUCAUGUAGAAAUGUUUGAAAGAUUACUAGAUUUAAGUUAUUAUAAGAGAACUCUUAAAAAAGGACUAGAAUCUUCAAAGUCUAGAUUAUAGCUAAUGUUGGAAGUAAAGCAAUUAUUUAGUGUACCAUGGAUUAUAUGUCAUGAAUAUUUACUUGAUUUUGAGUGA